UUCUGAAGUCCUCGCCAUGGGUGACAUGAAGACACCCGAUUUCGAUGACCUCUUGGCCGCUUUCGACAUCCCGGACAUAGACACGAACGAGGCCAUCCACUCUGGCCCCGAGGAGGCUGAAGCUCACAUCAAGCCCAUCCCAGCAGAGGCCGUGGUCCCGGACCACGUCCUCCUCCACGGCGACAUCACCACAGUCAGCGUUAUCGUGAAGAACACCGUCUGCCCGGAGCAGCUCGACCCCCCAGACGGCCGCGUCAAAGACGGCCACGUGAUCGGCCCCCGCUUGCUGCAGAACGGGUUUGCCCCCUCCGAGGUCCCCCACUCCCCGUCGGCUGGCCCGGCCGAAGCAGCGGCCUCUACGAACGGGGAGUGCUGGACGCCAAAAGAGAAAUCGGCCAAGGGGCUGGACCUCUUUUCGCACUUCAGCCCCAACCCCAGCGAGGACGGUGCGGCCAACUUGAUCGACCAGCCGCGAGAAUGCAAGCCAAAGGAGAAAGCCCUCUCUGUGCCUUCCCUCUCUCCAUCCCCCACCCUUUCUUCUGCCCAGCCGCUGGACUGCCGAGAGCCGGCGAUGGAGAGCACCGGGUCUCUCCCGCCGGCCUUUCCGCCACCAUUUGAAAGCUGUUCGACUGGCGGAACGGGACUUCCUCCUAGCCCUCCUCCGCUGGCUCCUUUGGCCAUCAAACAGGAGUCAGAUGCCGAUGCGCCCUGCCGAGGGGCUAGUCCUUUGGGCCCCCCGAAACCAAGCUCCGUCUGCUAUCCUACUGACGAUUCUGCCAGAGGACCUUGGUCUAGCUCGGACACAAAUCUCGACAGUGGCUCCAGCAGCGUCCCCGGAGUCAAGCGCUCUCCCGCCGGCCCUCCAGAUCCGUUUUUCAAAAACUCUCCACCAGCAGAUGGGAGCCUCGGCCCCUCUCUAUCCCCCAAACAACUGGGAGGAGAGUCCAUAAAGGAAGAGCCAAUGGAGAAGCCCCUGCAGUGCCCAGAGGACGUGUCCAGUGGGGAGGAAGAGGAGAAUGAAGAUGAGAGUACAGGUUCACCUUCGUCCAACUCUUCGCGGCCUAUCAAAGUGAGGAUCAAGACCAUCAAGACCUCUUCUGGGAGCGUCACGAGGACCGUCACGAGGGUCUCCUCUGACUCGGAGCCCGGCGCAGCCAACUGCGCCCCCCGCGGCCGCUGA